AGAGAGGGCAGUCCAAUGGUCUAACCGUAGAAGAGCAUUAACACCUGAUCUUCUUUGUCAUCUUCCUGUCUACCUCUUGAUCGUUAAAAGCAGCCAAUAAGAACCAGCGAAGAUGACGACCUGUGGCCCGGUGACGAAGAGCCUGCUGCUUCUGGCUGUGGUGGUCGCUCUGACCGGACAAGGAUCUGCAGCAGCUGAGAAGGUCUCUGAAUGCUGCACCACGGUGUCCACAAAGCAGAUCACUGAAACCAUCGUGGACUACAUGGUGCAAAAGAAAAACCUUCCCUGUGUCAAUGCCAUCAUUUUCCAAACAGAGAGUGGUCGUUUGUACUGCUGCAAACAUAAUGAGCCCUGGGUGAUGAAGAAGGUUAGGCAGCUUUGGGCGAAAAAAAGAGCAGCAUUGGCCUCCACCCCCUCCCUCCUGAAGCUCAUCACCUCCAGCUCCUCUCCUCCACCAUUGGAGAGAACCACCGCCACGCCCUCAACGCAUUAUACCGUCCAAUAGAAAUGCUUCUUAUUCAGCGCAGGCCAAUGAGCAUCAAGAUGGCCGACCAGAUACUUUUGAAAUGGAAAACAAUGAACUGCUAGAACCUUUUUUCAAAUUAAUUUAGAGAACUCCAGAUAUACAAGCAUUUUUGCGGAAGUAGUUUAAGGGCCAGAUGAGAGUUCUGAGUUUGAAGUCAGAACUCCAAAAAAGAGAAUCACAUGUCACACUAAACAUAUUCUCUACAUUGUCAACCCGAAAUGGGUUAUUUAUUAAAUUAUGAUAAUUGAGCACAACAUUUAAAUGUAUUUUUGAAAAGUGAGUCCUAUUUAUUAAUUGCAUUCAUCAAUGUCGGCGCAUUAUGUUACAAUGUUGAAUCGUUGUUUAUCUAUAAGUUCACUGGAUUUGAUGAAGGUUCUAGCUAUUUAUUAAUUUAUACGUUUCCAGAAUUUUAAUGUUCAACAGUAUUUUGUGUGUUUGAAUAUAAAUAAAAUAUGUCCUAUUCUAUA